AUGGUGAGAGAAAUCCCGUACAUUUCUCCUACAGACCUGUUGGUCUUCAAGAUCUUCAGCUGUGGACUCAAUCGGACAAGCUGGCAGAAAGACAGAGACGUCCACGAUGCAGAGAGAUUGCUAGAGAUCCUGGCGGACUCCAAACCACUCGUCUUGACGACACAACAACGGGAAGCGGUCAAGGGGGUUCACAGAUGUGGUUCAGCGCAGUAA